AUGUCAAUCCAAGGACACUGUAAUUGCGGGAGUGUCCGCGUCACUCUCCCCGACCAACCUGCUAGUUCUCUUAUCUGCUUUUGUUUAAAUUUCCGUCGAGCCGGAGGCGUCCUUGCUUCUCUCAAUUACACCCUCGCAAAAUCCACCGCAAUCGUCAGCGAUUCGAAGAGCGUCCUGAAGAGAUAUCACGAUAGCAACACGGAUAGCGGAAAUACCAUCAUUCGGAACUUUUGCGGGAACUGCGGAAGUUCUGUAAUGACAGAGGUCCCCUUACACCCAGAAGCGCUUAUCGUGAAAGCGUCGUUAUUCGAUCAUAUCGCACCACCGAAUCAAGAGGCUUUCGCGGAGAAGAAGAUGGAUUGGGCGAAGGGAAUUGCGAUUGAGAAGCCCUCUGAACAGGCAUUCGAAUAG